UAUUCACUAAAAAACCACCGACUAGUAAAUUGUUAAUUAAAAAUAGUCUCUCAAUCUAAAUCAGAAACGGGAAAAAUAUUUCUUUUCAAAUGCUUGCUUAGUGUCAGAAGAAGUGCAUUUCAUUGUUGAAAUAUCUAUUUAUAUAAUUAAUUUUUUUUUUGAAAAUUUUUAAUUUCAAUGAAAGACCAAACACAGGAAAGUGUUAUACAAAAUGCAAUCGAUAAUACAGGAUUUGGAAAAUUCAAUUUUAAAGUUGCAUCUAUAGGAGCUGCGAUCUACACAAAUGCAGUUAUCAAUAUUCUUAGUGUUGGAUUUAUUUUACCAGCCGCAGUAUGUGAUUUUAAAAUGACGACUAUCGAUAAAGGACGAAUAGCAAUUGCUCAUGUAGUUGGCUCUUGCAUUGGUUCGAUUGUGUGGGGCUUUUUGGCUGAUUUAAAAGGACGUAGAAUAACAUUAAUGUCUGCAUUAUUUAUCCAAGGAAAUGCGGAAUUAUUAUUAUCUCUAGUUUCCAAUUAUUCGGGAGUUAUAUUUUUUAAAUUUCUCAGUGGUUUUGGAGUAAUUGGCCAAAUGUCUAUUUUAUUUCCCUAUGUGGGUGAAUUUCAACCUUUGAAAUAUCAAAAAAGAAUUUUGUCAUUAUUGAGCUUUGUUAUGGUUACUGGAAUAAUCGCUUCGCCUCUUUUGGCCUGGGUUAUCAUUCCUCUUGAAUUUGAAUAUCAGAGUAAUUAUUUCUUUUUUCGAUCAUGGAACCUAUUUCUUGUGGUUUGUGCAAUUCCAGCUGAAAUUCUUGGACUUUGUUUAAUUUUUUGUACGGAGACUCCGAAAUAUUUAGCAGAAAUUGGAGAAAAUGAAAAAUUAAUGAAAAUUUUAACUGAUAUGUACAGAAAUAAUGUUAAUGGAUCAGCUGAAGAGUAUAUUGUAAACUUGAUAAAUAGUAAACAUCCUGGUAUGAGAGAAUUUAUUGAUGUUGCUGUAAAUAAAUCAUCUUCGAAAAAUGAGAAAUUUUCAAAAAAGAAGUUGAAAGAAAUUUUAAAUGAUUUCAAAAGUCAAGGAAAAGCUGCUUUUAAAGCUCCACAUUUGAAAAAAUUAAUUAUUCUCUGCAUUUGUUUUUUCUGCAUUGCAUCGUCAUUUUAUUCAUUGCUUACGUGGUUUCCGGAAUUAUUUCACAGAUUUUCUACCUUUGAAGCUCAAUAUCCAAAUCAAACGGCGAGUGUUUGUUCUAUUUCGAGUAAAAUUUCGUUCAACGAUACUUUGAAUGUUUCUAUUUCUUCAAAGUGCAUUCGGGAAAUUGAUACAAGUGUUUAUAUCAAUGCUCUGUUUCAAGGAAUUGCAUGCAUAAUACCAAAUUUCUUAUUACUGGUUUUGGUUGAUAAACUUGGAUUUAAAUUUUUUGCUGUUUCACUAACAGGAAUAAGUAUUGCGACAACAACUGGUUUAUAUUUUGCAAAUUCCUAUCUGCAAAAUGUGAUUUUGUCUUGCAUUUUUCUAGCAGUUAUGUCAGCAGUUGCUGGUGUUAUGUAUUCUUUUCUUGUCCUACUCUUCCCGACAAAUAUUAGAGUGUUUGCUUCAACAAUGGCAGUAUUUUUUAGUCGUGUAGGAACUAUUUUUGGUAAUAUGAUUUUCACCUACCUGAUCGACGAACAUUGUAUCAUUUUGAUUGCCAGUAUUCUUCUUCAAUUAUUCGUCGCAGCUGGAUUGUUUUUAACACUGAGGAAGUGAAAUUACCUUUAAUAAGUAAAUCAUAAUUAUUUAUUAAGUGUUUUUUUAAGUGACUUUGAAAUUUACGUGUUUUUGAACUUACAUUGAAUGUUAUCUGCUUUUUGAAUGGGACAAGCUUGAUGAACUCUCUAAAUUAAAAUCAACAGUAAAUAUACCACUAAUUUUAAAAAACAUUUACACUCUGAUGAAUUAAUUAAAUUUACCUGAUUUAUCACUGAAUUCAUUAUAUAUAUAUAUAUGUAUAUUUUUAAAUUUCGUUGAUUCAUAUUUAGAGAGAAUAUGUCAAAUUAAAUUAAGCUAUUGCCGAUAUUUAAAAUUAAAAUACUGUACAUACUUAGAAAUUUGUUAAUCAAAUAUUAGUAUCGAAA